AUGCCGCCGAAUCCCACCGCGCAACGCCCUUCCAGUUCAUUCGAUAUGAUGUUUUCAGACAAGGCGCAACCCGUCGAUCUUCUCGGACCAUAUCGUUACAUAAUCAAAUUAACCGGCUUAGACUGCUCAGCGGUCACGAGCUCCAAGAAAUGCGCGUCGCGACUGAUAACGGCGUUCGCGAUUCUCGUCAUCCUCUCUCAAUUCUUUCGCACCAUUGUCCUUUUCAGCUCAGAGGGGCCUGUCCUCUCGUUCGCAUGGGCUGAAUCCAAUAUGUUCGCAUUCAUGGGAAUCCAUGGAAUCACUUGCGCGUUUUGUCUCUUCGGCUGGACCAAGAACAAAUUUCUUUCGAAUCUCGUUGAUGGCCUCCGACAGCUUGCCCAAUUGAGACCAAUUCCGCUCUUCUUCUGCGUGUUCGGCUAUUCGAUUAAUGCGGCCUUCGAGGAGAAAUUCCUGCUCGGAGGGCACGUUGUCAAACCAUAUUUGUAUGUGCUAAUGCCAAUCCUCACCUUCUAUACGAUUCUGAUCGUCUCGUGCACAUUGACGAUCUACGUCGUCGGAAAUGUGGCAUUGACACGAGAAUUGGAGUAUAUGAAUUGUGAAAUUGAAAAACAAUCCAAGGAUAAUAAUCUUAAGGUUCUCAUUGAUUUCGUUCUUAUUCCAAUUUUCAUUCAUUCAGGAUAUUGCUGUGCUAUCUGCUUUCAGUUCAAGACAAAUGAAAUUCUGGAGCUGGUCCAAACGUCGAACAACAGCCUUGGAAGCUAUGGAAAAUUUGGGCCGAUCUUUGGCUUCUUUGGCAUUAUCAAUGCAAUCUACAUUUCAAGCUUUUCCGGCACAAUCCCAUCACUACCAUACACCUGUCUGAUCAUCACAAUGUUCUCCGACAUCGCCAUCGUCUUGUUCACGCUCAUUCCACCAUCGAAAUUGCAAGAGGAAAUUGAAAAAACCGCCAAAAUCAUAAUGCUCGACAGCGAUAUCGAGAGCACAAAAGAGCCGCAAUUAUACCACACUUAUCGAAUUAUGUGCGACAGAAGUUUGAGAUUCGAUACCGCUUUGUAUGUUCUCAAUGGGUUCCCAAUCAACAGCAGAUCGUUCAAUGUGGCGAUGUUCAUCAUCCCAAAUAUCGGUGCCGUCUUGAUACUAUUGAAGAAGUGUCUGGAAUAUAAUGGAAUCAAAGUACAAUAA